CGUCACGAGUAGGUGUGGCGUGUGAUUGUUCUUGCAUCAGGCGGAAGGAACUCGCGUGGGGUUCGUGUGAGAAGAACACGCGGGGAAGGCCAUGAGCAAUUUGGGUUCUGAGCGGCACGUGCGCAAACGGAAGGACAACGGAUCUCCGGCUCCGGUCCUUCCCGCCUCUCGUCUACCUGUUUGCUCGCUGCUGGAGGUCCGCAGAUGGAGAAGCAGCCUCUGCCAGCCGAUGACGACCAGACGGGAGCCGUGGAGCCGGGGGCCGACAGGAGCCCCGAGGCCACGCAGCAGGCCUCCUCCGAGCCGCCGUCACGAGCAGGCUGGAACAGCAAGGUGGAAUAUUUCCUGGCCCAGGUGGGAUUCAGCGUCGGGCUCGGCAACGUCUGGAGGUUUCCAUACCUGUGCCACCAGAAUGGAGGAGGAGCUUUUCUCCUGCUCUACGUGCUGCUGAUGCUGGUUGUGGGAAUCCCCCUGUUCUUCCUGGAGCUGGCAGCCGGUCAGGACAUCCGACAGGGAAGCAUCGGGGUGUGGAAGUACAUCUCCCCAAAGCUGGCGGGAAUCGGCUACUCCAGCUGUGUGGUGUGCUUCUUCGUGGCGCUCUACUACAACGUCAUCCUCGCCUGGAGUCUCUUCUAUCUGGGAAACUCCUUCCAGUCGCCGCUGCCAUGGCAGCAGUGUCCUAAGCAGGGAAAUAUAACGGAAAGGGAAUGCGAAGAGAGCUCGCCCACCUCGUAUUUCUGGUACCGCAGAGCCUUGAACAUCACGGACUCCAUCGACGAGGUGGGCUCCUUCAACCCGUACAUCGUGGGCUGCCUGUUGGCCGCCUGGAUCAUCGUGUGCCUGGGGAUGUUUAAGGGCAUCAAGUCAUCUGUCAAGGUGAUGUACUUCUCCUCCAUCUUUCCGUACGUGGUGCUCGUCUGCUUUCUGGUGGGAGGCCUCAUGCUGGACGGCGCCUCAGAGGGGAUCGCCUUCAUGUUUUACCCCAAGCUGGAGAUCUGGGCGGACAUCCAGGUGUGGCGGCAGGCGGCCACGCAGGUGUUCUUCGCGCUGGGCCUGGGCUUCGGCUCCAUCAUCGCCUACUCCUCCUACAACCCCAAGAACAACAACUGCCACCGCGACGCCUUCACCGUGUCCUUCAUCAACUUCCUGACGUCCGUGCUCGCCACGCUGGUCGUCUUCGCUGUGCUCGGGUUCCGCGCCAAGAAACGGGCCCUGAGCUGCGUGGCCAGUAACGUGAAGGAGCUGCUGCAGCUGCAUCAGGACGGCCUUGUGAAUUCGUCCCUGAUGCCCGCCUUCAACCACUCUGACCCGAACUCUCUGGGUCUGGACGGCUACAGGUCCUGGUUUAACCAACAUGGCGGCAGCGUUCCUGUCAAUCUAACGGCCUGUGAUCUGGAGAAAGAGAUGCAGACGGGCGUGGAGGGGACGGGUCUGGCUUUCAUCGCCUUCACGGAGGCCAUGACGCUGCUGCCCGGCAGCCCCUUCUGGUCGGCCCUCUUCUUCCUCAUGCUGCUCAACCUGGGCCUCAGCACCAUGUUCGGCACCAUGGAGGGCAUCCUGGCGCCGCUCAGGGACCGCUUCCGCUCUCUGGCCAAACACAAGACCAAACUCACAGUGGUCAGCUGCCUCGUCGGCUUCCUCAUCGGCCUGCUCUUCACCCAGCGCUGCGGCAACUACUUCGUGACGAUGUUCGACGACUACUCGGCCACCCUGCCGCUCAUCAUCGUGGUGGUGUUUGAGACCUUCAGCGUGUCGUGGCUCUACGGAGCCGACAGGUUCCUGGACGACAUCGAGGCGAUGCUGGGCUGGCGGCCGUCCGUCGUUUACAAAUACCUGUGGAAGUACGUGUGCCUGCUGGCCAUGUUGGGGCUGCUGGCCGCCACCACCAUCCGCAUGUUCAUGGAGACGCCGACGUACAUGUCCUGGAACCAGGAAACGGCGUCGGAGGUCCAUCUGCCGUAUCCCGGUUGGGCUCUGGCGGUUCUGGCCCUGUUGAUCGUCUUCGCCAUGCUGCCGGUGCCCGUGGGUUUUAUCUACUCGGUUCUGCAGGACCGGAGAAAACCGACCCACAGGGACACGGAGACGGGUCACUACAGCAUCGUUAACACGGAUGAAACCCCGAUGACCGACCUUUCUGUGCCCGACCGACGGAACGGCUUCACCGCUGCUGAAUCCUAGACAAACUAACCACAACUAAGCAGUAAUAACUUUAUAUUUACUAUUUUCAGACAUUUUUUAAUUAACAGCUUCUAGCUGCAUACAGGCAGCAAAACUUUCCUUUUAAAAGUAUUUAAUAAGUAUUUAAUAACCAACUUAAAUUAAAUCCAUGGCGAUCCGGGGGAUCACGGUUUUCCUAAAUUUCAUUAUUUUCUAUUUAGUACGACUUUUAAAAAGUCAAUAUUUAGCAACAUGAAGAUUUCAGUGUGGAUGUGACGCGUUUGGAUGCUGC